UUUGUGCUGUGUUUGAUGUGGCGAUGUGCUUGUACAUACGCCUCCAAACAACAGGCUCGGUGGUGUGAAUGUAUGUUUGCCAAGCUUCUCGCCAAGUCCGCAUACUCCCUUUUUGGGAAAGCCGUUAGCGACACCCCCUCCUUCCAGUGACCAUCGUGUAUGUUGCCUUCGUCAGCGCGCUGUACAGUAAUUGAAGUACUCUACCUUUUAUGUGAUAAGAACCAGAGCUCUGUUUCGUACGUUCUCUACAUUGGCGCAAGCGUGAUCAUGGCUUUCUACCAAGACAUGGACUGGCACGAAGGGGAGCAGGCGAUCCAACGGCUCAUGGAGGUGCCUCCUCUUGACAACCCAACCGUCCCGACGCUGUCACCCCAACUGGCACGGCACCUACAGAUUGCACCCCUCCUAGCGCUUGGGACCGUCGACGACCAAGGCCAGCCUUGGACGACGUUGCUAGGUGGCGAGCCGGGCUUUGCGAGGCCACUCGGAGACAGUAUAGUCGGUCUUCGAUUGCCGGUGACUGGCCAGUUCGAUCCGGUGAUUGAGCAGCUUGUAGGCAAGGAAGCAGACGGCGAAGUCAGACGUGCGCAAGGAGAGGGUUGCCUUGUCGGCGGGCUUACCAUUGAUCUAGAGACCCGCAAGCGUGUGAAGAUGAACGGCCGGAUGAUGGCUGGUGCACUAACUACCAUCCAGGACGAGGUGACGGACCACCAAGAAACAGUUGCUGAGAUGCAGCUUGUCCUUCGAAUAAAGCAGAGUCUUGGCAACUGCCCAAAGUACCUCAACAGCAAGCACAUCACCACUGCCUUCGCCCAUCCCCAGCUUGUUAGCGACUCACCGUUACUGCCAGAACCCGCACUUAAGCUCAUUGGCCAGGCGGAUCUCUUCUUCCUCUCAACCUCACAGAACGACAUAGACAUGGAUACUAACCAUCGAGGCGGUCCGCCUGGCUUCAUGCGUGUGGUCUCUACCGGUCGAGAAGGACCAACAUCCAUCUGCUGGCCCGAGUAUUCCGGCAACCGGCUGUAUCAGAGUUUGGGCAACAUGCACAUCAACCCACGUUGCGGGAUCUGCGUGCCCGACUUUCGAACCGGAGACAUGCUAUACUUCACUGGCCGGACAGAGACUUUGGCUGGGGAAGCAGCAAGCGCACUCCUACCUCGUUCGAACCUUUGCGUCAAGCUCACCAUUACCUCGGCGCGCUACGUUACUGAAGCUCUCCCGUUUCGGGGCGCUGAGGGGCCGCGCUCACCGUACAACCCUGCGGUAAGAUAUCUGGCUUCAGAGAAGAGACACACGGCCCUGCAGGAACAGCAAAUGCAGCAAGCUACGCUGCUCCAGCAGACGAGGCUCACCCCCACGAUUUCACGCUUCAGAUUCGCACUACAGAACGCGGCGUCGCACAUAGCGGGCCAGUACGUCACACUAGACUUCUCACGACACCUGGACAUUGGCUACAGCCACAUGCGCGAUGAUGAUCCGCGAAGCAUCAACGAUGACUUUGUACGGACAUUUACCGUUAGUAGUCCGCCUAGCAGCUCGCCUAAUCCUGUGCAGAGACUCAAGGAUGACGAGUUCGAGAUUACUGUCCGAGACGUUGGUGUGGUCACGAGCUUCCUCUUCAAGCACGGCAACGAGGCCGACCAGCGGAGGUACGGCGAGCUUGAGGUGGGCGUGAAAGGAUUUGGUGGCGACUUCGCGGUCACACAAGCUGGUAGCGAAAAUGUGUGCUUCAUCGCUGGUGGUGUUGGUAUCACCCCCCUCCUGCCCUCGCUUGGAAGCCUCGAUCUCGUCCACGUGAGGGUCUUGUGGUCCCUGAGAGCGAGCGACAUCGGUCUCGCUGUGGACACGCUUCGGUCAUCGCCAAAGCUCGGUCACUCUUUGUCGCUGUAUCUGACCGGCGAGAACGAAGAUCAUCUUGCAGAAGUUUCAGCACUGACGGAGACUGGCGUGGACGUAGUGCCGAGGCGCAUAGCGCGAUCAGACAUCGCUGCUGGAGUGAGCAAGUAUUACAUCUGCACAGGCACUUCGAUGCGCAAGCGGGUGAUGGAGUGGCUACCUGAAGAGGAGCUAGUCUACGAGGACUUCAACUUCUGAAGACAGCAAGACCUUGCAGCCUGCGUGAUGCUGGAUAACCUCUGCAGCGUAUUGGCCUUCUUACCAGGCGAAUCAACCCUUCUCUUCUCGAGCAAUCACCAAGCCCUGCCGCCAAACCUGCUAUCAUGUCUUCCGCCUCAGCCGUGAA